CUUUAUCCUCUUCCCCACUCUCAUCAACCUCUCUGCUCAGUUAAAUCCAUCCCUCUCUCUCUCAGUCAUGGCCAUGCAGCAUGGAAGCAACAACCUCCAGAUGGUUGACAAGCUCCCCGACCUAGAAUCCCCUGCCCCCGAACACAUCGACUACUCGGAACGCUCCCAGUGGCUCCGAGCUGCGGUACUCGGUGCCAAUGAUGGUCUUGUCUCCACCGCCUCUCUCAUGGUAGGCGUUGGUGCCAUCAAAACUGAUCCGAAGGCCAUGUUGCUCUCUGGCCUUGCUGGCCUUGUAGCAGGGGCAUGCAGCAUGGCCAUCGGUGAGUUUGUCUCGGUCUACUCGCAACUUGACAUAGAGGUGGCUCAGUUAGAGAGGGAAAGAGUGGGAGGAGAAAAGGAGAGCGAGGGUCUGAGGCUCCCGAGCCCCUUCCAGGCUGCGGCAGCAUCGGCGAUGGCGUUUGCGUUGGGAGCAGCAGUCCCAAUACUGGCAGCAGCGUUUGUGAGGACGGUAAAGGUGAGGGUUGGGGUGGUGGCAGUGGCGGCGACCGUGGCGUUGGUGGGGUUUGGGGUGUUGGGAGCUAGGCUUGGGAGGGCGCCAGUGGUGAGAUCGGCGGCGAGGGUAUUGGUUGGGGGGUGGCUGGCCAUGGCUGUGACCUAUGGAUUGAUGGUGCUUGUGGGGUCGAGUGGGAUUUAGAGGGUGCUGUCUCUCUCUCUCUCUCUCUCUCUCUCUCUCGUGGUGGUGGUGGUGAGCUGUGGAUCGAUGAAGCCUGUGGUGUCAACUGCUCUCUCUUUCUCUCUAACUUUUAAGCUCUCUCUCUUUCUCUCAAUGUUUAUGCCCCCUGUGCUCUGGUGGGUACUUGAUGCUGGUUGUUUAAUGAUAGAAGAUCUAGUCUGCAUUUUGGGUUGGAAAA